AGAGAGAGAGGGAGCGUGGCACCACUUCACUAAGCAGAGUAAAUAGUAAAGAGUUGUGACUGGGACUGACCAACUACUUGGACACAGCAAACACAGGGCACCAUCUACAACAAUGAAUGACAUCAAACUGGCCCUGCUGGGGAGCGAGGGAGCAGGCAAAUCUGCGGUUUUGGUGAGAUUCUUGACCAAGCGAUUCAUUGGAGAAUAUGCGUCAAAUACCAACUCCUUAUACCAUAAAAGGCUCUCCAUUGAUGGAAGACAGUUGAACUUGGAAGUCUUUGAUCCAUGCUCACAGGACUUCUGUGUGCCCCCCACCCCCUGGCAGAGUGAAGAAAGCAGAUGUAUCCUAGAGGAACCACUGGACUGGGCUGAUGGCUUUGUGGUGGUGUACACCAUCAGCGACCGUACGUCCUUCCUAAACGCCAAAAACAUCCUGGCGCAGAUCAAAGAGAGUCGUCGAGAGACCUGUAAAGGGGAGGUUCCCAUCUGCCUGGUGGGUAACAAGCAGGACUUAUGCCACAGCCGCCAAGUGAGUGAAGAGGAGGGCCGCUCUCUGGCCCAGGAGAACAAAUGCCUCUUCCAGGAGGUUUCGGCAGCUGAGAACUAUCUGGAUAUCUCCAACCUCUUCACAAAGCUCAUCCGCAAUGUGAUGGAACAGCUCAAGCAAAGAGGCGACCGCAGGCGGUACAGUGGCUCCAAAUCUAUGGCCAAGCUCAUUAACAAUGUCUUUGGCAAGAGGAGAAAGUCUGUUUGAGUUCAGAACAUGAAAGAGCCCAGAAAAGAGCAAUGAGUCAGUCUUCAUUGAAUCAGUAAUGGAGAUUUGUCCCUGUUAAACCUGAUGUUCUUGGAAAAGUUUUAUGUGUAUGAAUAGAAGUAUGCUUUGAUACAUAGUGCAAAUUCAAACCACUAUGAAAAAUCCCACGCAGCCAAGAUCAUCAUAUACAGUAGAGCAGUGGUACUUUUUGACUCCAACCCCCCCCCCCCCCCCCCCCAAACAAUAUUUGAUGAUCCCAUGACUUUUCCAGGUGUUCAUGAUUUACUGUAUAAAUAUUUUUACACAUUUUUUCUAUUUUUUACUCACAAUUAUUUAUUCAUUUACGUGACUAUUCCCACAAUGAGGCCCCUGAUAUAAAUUAUGAUUAGCAAGGGAAAAGAGGUACUAGUAAAAAAGGGGUGGUUCAUAAAACCAGGAAAUCAUCAGAUCAUUUAUUGGAAAAAAGACAGUGCUGUGUAGAAUAAAUGUAAAUUAUGUAAAACAUAAUAUGUUUUUUUUUAAAGAAGCAUUAACAAAAAGCAGUCAAACACCCCUUUAAAACAAAUAAAUGCAUGUGUGUAUAUAACACUAUUGGUUUACAGUAGCUGACACAGUAUCCCAAUGACACAUACUUCACUGUUUGCAUUACCAUCUUUGCAUUUAUUUGCAUUAAUUUUAGUUCAGGAGUUACAUUUAUGGAAUGUUUUUCUUUAGAAAGAAGCCUUUGCCUUAUGCUUCUUUUUUAUUUUAUGAUUUUUCUUUUAUCCGACUCAGAAGAUAAUUUAAAACCCAAAGCUACUUUUGUCUUAAAAUUCGUAUUUUUGUUGACAUAUAUACACCUCUUGAUAAUAUUUUCAGCAUUGUUUAGAAGAAUGGGGAAUGUUUGCAAAUUCGUGAAGCUUUUUCUUUUCUCUUGAAAGAGUGGCACACAUUCUUUCUCUUGCUCUCUGAAAAUCUUUUAAUGGCACGAGACCGAGUUUGCAUCAAGGAAUGCACAACAAAGUUGAAGUAGAUUUAUAUAUCGAGAUACUGUGAUGAGGUGUAAAAUGCAGGUAAAUUACCUUUCUAACAAAAAACAUGGCAGAGGAAUUAAAAUAAAACUCUCCCGCAUUCCUGCCGUAGCAUUCUCAGGGCGUCUUUCGAAUAAAAACAAUGAACUGCAGCUUUUUCGCAUACUUACAGUAGAUACAAGAAGAGGUUUGUGGGCCCUUGGGAAUGACCUGUGUAAAAACUGGGCAUUUCAAAUUCUCAGAGAACAUUUUCAUAACUUAAUGGGAAUGUUUGCAAAACAUCCUGAGAGCAUUUUUUUGUUAGCUGGGAUCAUACUGAUCAUUUUGUUUAAAAGUUAGCAGUCAAGGAGAACUACUGUAUGUGAACUUUUAAAUUGACUCUUCUAAA